AUGGUUAGAUGGGAAGCUCCAAAAGAAGGCUUUGUCAAGGUAAAUUGGGAUGCUGCUUUCAAGGCAAACCAGAGAAAGAUGGGAGCUGGAGUGGUGGUUAGAGAUGAGGAAGGGAAUGUACAGGUUUCUCUAUGCCUGCCAAAAGAUUGUAUCCAAUCUGUUGUGAUUGCUGAAGCGACUGCUUUAUGGAGGGCCCUUUGCUUAUGUGCAGAGGUUAAUAUACAGAAGGUAGUACUUGAGGGUGAUUCAUUGGAGGUGAUUAAAGCUGUGAAUGAUAGAGAGGAGUGCUUGGAAUGGCAUGGACAAAUUAUAGAAGAUAUUAAAGGAAUUCUUUGUACACAUCCAAAUUGGAUACUUAAACACAUUUAG